AAUAUGAAAUUAGAGGAUACUAUUUUUAUAUUUCUAAAUAUUUAGUAUCUUUACAAUAAAGAUUCACAUACUAAUGAAUUUCCUGUUCUUGUUAUAAAGAAAAUAUAUAUUUGUCUCUGAAUUUUUAAGAUAUAAAGAUGAAUCAAGCACAAGUUACCAAACUUGUUUCAAAAUUACGGAUAAAUGUAGCUGCAGAGCCUCGCCGGCUUAGAAGUCCGAAAGGACCCGAAGGAAGGUUAAAUAAAUUACGAAAAACUGUUACUGGAUUAAUUAAAUAUGAAAGAAUUGAGUUAAAUUACAACCGAGGGGAUGAAGCUCGACAAUAUGCCGAAAGGCUCAUAUCCGAGGCCAUUACACAUGGUGAUUGUCACAAACCAACAAUGGAAAUAGCAGAUUAUUGGUUACUUGAAAAGGAACUUGUACAUAAAUUAUUUAAAGUUCUUGUGCCGAGAUAUGAAAAUUGCAACACAGCUUAUACUAGAAUGUAUAAAGCACCUCGGCCACAAUACAGUCGCAACACUGAAAAGGCUGUUUUAGAACUCCGAGGGAACCCAUAUCCUCCUCUAGUAAACAAACAACACAAUAAUAGGCAUCUAAUUCAAAAUAUUUUACUAGAUGCUGCUAAAUAUGAUUAUAGACAAGCUAAAUAUGCAGAAAUGGCUGAUAAAAUUGGGAGAUCAGAUCAAGAAGUAGAAAAAUCAACCAAAAUGGGGGAUGUUGAAAAUCAUUCUAAUGAUGAUUCUCCUAAUAAGUAAACUGAAUUAAAGCUUUAAGUUUUAUUUUAUUUAGACAAUAUGUUUGAUAGU